AUGAAAAAUUUUUUUUGGGGAUCAAGGAGAAAGGAUAGGGAUAAAGACAAUAAUCAUCACCGCCAUAGUAGUAUAAACAGCAACAAUGAUCCCAAUGAAUAUAUUAAUCAUAAUGGACAUACCAACAAUAGCACUAAUACUAGUCCUGCUAGUUACUCAAGUAAUGGGUCAUUGAACAGAUCAUCUGGUAACAACAAUAAUGCACAACAGAAUAGGAAAACUUCAACAACCUCAUCACUAGGUGUUACUACUGGGAACAUUAAUAGUAGCACCCAUAGUAGUGUUACUAACAUCCCUGAAAAACGCAUGCAUAUGAGCCACAGUAAUACUUCUGUCUCUAGCUCAUCACAUAAUAAUACCAAAUCACCCAGUGAUCCUAUUUCGGGCAAUACUAACAAUAACGGCAAUAAGAGAAAUUCCAUUCUGUUUAGUUCUACAAACACUCUGCCAAACUCUAUUUUACUUAACAACACCAAUAAUAAUAAUAAUAAUGUAAAUAGUGCUAUUAAUACAAACACUAUUAGUACUACUAAUGAUAAUGAUACCACUAACUCACAGUCGUUGACUGUUAAUUCUCCAAACUCUAGUACCACUACUGACACAUUUAGCAAUACACCUUCUACGCCUACACCUACUUCUUUAAACACAUCUGGUGUCAACCACAACAGACACUCAACCAUAAAUAGUAAAAGACACAGUAGACUAUUUAUCAAUCCAAUUGAUCUUUCACAGUAUAACAGCAAUAAAAAGCAUGAUAGUACCAUUAUUAGUACGGAUUCUGAAGAUGAUACAAGUACCUUAACCAGUAAUAUGAGUAAUCCCAACACGCCUGUUGCUGCCACUUAUACACAUGUUAAUACCAACAGUAGGUAUCAUCACAACAUAAAUAAACAUAAACCCAAUUUAAAUAAAGAAAAUUAUGACACCCAUGUUUUCAAAUAUGGGUGGAUCAAUAAGAACCAAGGAUCUUUACCAAAUUAUAGAGAGAGUAAAUUAUUUUAUUCUACGGAAAUGUUAAGUAAUACGGAAAAUACAUUAGAAAAUGAAAAUAACAACAAUACCGUUAAUACUAACAAUACAACUAGUAAUAAUAGUUACAUACCUGACUAUAGGUUAUUUAAAGCAUCGUUGAAGGGGUGUAUUUUAAACUUAUACAAAAGUGGAAUCAGUAACGUUAAAUACUUUGAUCCUAAUCUGAGGUUUGAUCCACGGCUUUCUGUAUCUGCCAAUUCUUCCAAUGGUUCUGGUAAUAACAACAACAACAACAACAACAACAACAACAACAACAACAACAAUGAUAAUGAUAACGAGACCAUAAUAGAAGAAUUAUUUUUACCACCCGCCUCCCACUCCCAUUCUCAAAAUAGAUCCAGUUCACCUGUAACCAGAAGUGUUUAUACUGAUACUAACAUGAACAGGCAGUUUGAAUCGCACAAUGAUUCAAGUGCAUACCUUUCUAACCAAAGUAAUACAGGAUCUUCUGCUUCUGUUGAAACCACUAAUAAUAACUACAUUAUGAUUAAAUACUUGAAUGAAAAAUGUCCGCAUCCAGAUCUAAAAUUUGAUGAUCGCGGGAAUUUAUUAGCCAGCGCUUCCAUUGAAGGGUUGAUUCAUUACGUUUUAUUAAAUCCGAAUCUAAAUGAUAACGAAUUAGUCAACUAUAUAUUAAUGUUCCCCUUAAUCGGCAAUGAAGUUGACAAUUCUACACAUAUGGAUGGCAUGGAAAUUGUUUUACAGCUUAUCAAUAGUUUUUCAUUGACUUUUACCCACCGUAAAAAGAAAUUGCAUGCAUCCUUUUCUAAACAAUUUUAUGGGAUAGAAAAAGAACUUGAUGAUUUAAUGACAGAUAGAAUAGCAAUCGUGUUAAAAACCAUGGCUGACGUAUUAACUGGUGUUUUAUUAGAUCCAAAGAUUUUCCGCACCACUUGUUCACUGUUAGACACUUUGAGUUUUCAUAACGAACACAUGGCGAAUGCUUUAAAAACCAUGAUUUACAAUAAACAAUCAACAUUGAAUAAAUUAAUUAAUACUUUGCAUAAUAAUAUAUCGAAUAAUUUGACUUUAGUUGAUCCAGAAGUUUUUUUGAAAAGUGAUUUAGUAUCAUUUGCCAAUGUUGUCCACAGAAUAAACCAAAAUUUUAAUGUAAUUUGGUCUCCGGAAAUGGAUUACAGUUUAUUAUAUGAAAUUGACUCAAGCGUUAAUAAUAUGAACCCCUUGAUGUUCAAUAAUAAAAGAAAUGGUCAUUAUUUAUCACGGUUGAUGAUACAACACUUAUCUAGCACAACUGUUCCAACUACAGCGGGUAAAUAUUGUUUCAACACGGGUGCUAAAAAAAGGGCUGAGAUUUUGAGUAAAUGGGUCCAGUUGGGCUGUAUAUUUGAAAAAUUGGGAGACAUGGUGUCUUGGUUAGCCAUAGCUACCAUUCUAUGCUCUAUUCCAAUUUUGCGUUUGUCGUUUACUUGGAAAUUUGUGCCUGAUUCUGUGUUGAGAACCAUUUUCAAGGAUUGGGCGCCCACUAUUGUUCAGUUGGAUAGAAGAUAUUUUAAUUUAUCAAGUUCAAGUGUUUUCAUUUUAGCACCACCGGAUUUAAACAAGGAGAACCUUUACGACAUUAUCCCCUAUUUUGGUGAUUUAACCAUACACGAAGACGAAUUUCCUAUUGAUUCAAAACAAAAAUAUAAAUACAUUUUAAAGAAAAUUAAUAGAACUAAAAACGCCUUUUUUAAAUGGAAGCAAAGGAUCAACGAACAACGCGGUGGUACCGACACCAACACUAGCAGUGCAACUACGCUGGAAUACGUCGCCACAAAGUUACCCAUUGAUGUCAGCACUGAAAUAUCCAAACAGAUUUGCACCUUAUGGAAAUUAAACAGUAAUCCUAAUCAACCGCAAAUGAACAUUGACAGGAUAAUGGAUAUUAGCUUAUCAUUGGAACCACCUUUAGUUAAUGAAAGGGAAUAUUGUAAUAGUGGUAUUCAACGAAGCUCUUUGUUGACUGGCAGUUACUUACCCAUGAUUUUCAAUGAUUUGUUUCCUAACUAUUCUUUAUUUAGUAAAGAGGCGUUAAUUGGCGCAUCUGGCGGGUCUACAUCCAGUGCGAAUAAUACCACUAAUGAAACGGCGACUUCAGGUAUGGUAAGAUCUAAUUCAAACUUAUCAACUGUUGUGACUGGCAACAAUGUAGUUGACGAGUCAAUUGCUGAUUUAACUUUGACCUCAGUGCCAGGCAACCGCCUAUUAUCUAAAAAGCAAAGAUUUUUAAAAUCUAUUCGCGAUGCAUUUAAUAUUGAAAUGAAUGAUUUCCAUUUUGCUGAUGACAUCAUUUUUAAAUCCAUUUAUGAUUCCAUCGAUACAAAUAAACCUAGUUCUCGUCCAACAAGCAUGGUUAUUGAAACGCCAACAAAAGCUUCGAUGAUCUCUAACCCUAAUCACAACAGUGUUACAAAUACACCACCACCCAUACUCAGAGCAUCCAGUGAAAGUCAAACAUCUUUAGAAAAUAUGGAUUUUUUUUCAAAAAUAGGUGAGAAUAUUGGUGGAAAAUUAGAUUCCGAAACCAUUAUACAAGUGGUGUUAAAAUCAUCCACUUUGGAGAGAAUGUUUGACAUUUUAGUUUUAACUACUAGUGUUUUUUCGAAAUUAGUUGAUACUGCUGACUUGGGAAAUUAUUUUCAUUCUCUAAAACAGGAGACAAUGAAAAAUAAACAUGUUAAUGACACACAAAUUGGCGUUGAUAUUACUAAUGCUCCGCCAAGUUCAUUUUUAUCCAAUGCCGCACUUGGUUCUGUUGGAAAUAGUAGUACUGGAGUAAAAGAUAACAAAAGUACUAAUUUAUUAGGAUUGUUGGAUUUUGCGCUUGUUAAGUUUGUGAUGGAUAACACUCUGUAUACUGAAACUUUUUUCAACACGUACAAAAGCUUUACGAUUGCACAAGAGGUUUUAGAAAAUUUGGCUAAAAGGUUUAUAGGUGCGAAAAGUUGUGCUGUUUCGAUUAUAAAAAUUCUUAACACAGAUUAUUAUUCCAACAACAACGACAGCCGGGAUAACAAUGAAUAUGUGUUCCCAAGAUGGGACCUAAAGGAUUCGGAAGCGAUUAAGGAGUUAAACACCGUUAAAAGCUGGAGUCAUGUGGCUAAGAUUCAAUUAGGUGCCUUAGAAGCAUUGUAUUAUUUUAUCAAAGAGCACUAUGCAGAUUUAACUAAUAAUUUGAAAAACAAUGCCGUUGUUAUUGAUAUUUUAAAGAUUGUUGACCAAGAGUUAAAUCAUGAUUGGAAACAUAGAAUAAUUAAAUUGGAAAGAUCACUGGCUUCUGCUGCUAGCACGAAUACUAAUGAUGCAGAACAUGGUGUAACUUCUAAUAAUAAAGAUGUAUCAAUCACUACUUUGAAACAAUUAGUAGAAAACUUAAGUGAGCUAUUUGGCAAGAUCAAAUCGAGUUAUCAAAGGCAUUAUUUUAGACCAUUAAAUUAUAAUAAAUUACAAAAGAAUAUUGUUUUGAAUUUGGAAAAUUUCACGAACAUUAAAAUUAGUGAUUAUUUUAAAAUAGCAAAUGCAAAUGACGAUCCAAUGCUUAAAACAUUUGGAAGGUUAAGAUAUGAUAAUUAUGAAAAAUUGAUUGAGUGGGUUUAUCAUUUAGAUGACUUCAUUGUAAGUAAAUUGAGAACGGUCACUGGUAGUGAAUGGAUUUCUUUUGGUCAAUUUUUGGAGUUAUUGUCACAUAAAUCGUUAGUGGCUUUUUUUGGAAAUACUGUACAUAAGAAUAAUUGGGACCUAAUUCAUAAGGGAGAUUCCAUCAAAAUUUUGGAGAGUAUUGAAAUUAGCAACGUUUUCAUGUGGCUAGAUUCCAUGCUCACGGAUGGUAGUAACUCCAAAGAACAACAAAGAAAUAUUAUGGAACAACUACCAUAUUCGAUUCAAUUAGUUUUCAAGUUGCAUCAAUCUUUAACACAGUUUUUUAUCAUGGAAAUUUCCAAUCCAAUGUUGGAUUCAGACAAAAGAUUAGAAAAAGUUUGUGUUAUAUUACAGUUAUUGAUUUUUGUGCGUUGGAAAAAUUCGCAGGUCGACUUAUUUGAAAAAGAGGAAUUAGUGAAUGACGAUAAACCACAUAUAGGCAAUGAUGCCGAUGAUAACAAUGAAGCCAAAUGUGGGAUUUCUCCGCAUGUGCCAUCAUUUUUAGAAUCAUGCAUUGUUGGGGCGAUUUUGUCCCCGGAAUCGAGGUAUUAUGAAAUGACUUGGAAACGGGCAGCCUACAAAUUAUUUGAUAUUGAUUUGGUUAACAUUUUUCAUAUUUUGGAUCACUUAGAUCGCGAACAUAUUGUUCGUUUUGUUGAAUACGAUGGUAUUAAUAAAAGGAAGAACUUAGCGCCUUGCCCUGGCUGGUUUAUGGGGAGAUUGUUAGAAAUUUCUCAAUUUGUACCAAAUAUGAGUAUUGAAAAUUCUAAAUUGAUUAAUUUUGACAAGCGGAGAUUUUUACAUAAUAUGGUUAUGAACUUUUGUGAUUUAAUUCCAGUGUUAGAAAACGAGUUACAAUCUUUACAAAUUAGUUUUGCUUCGAUGCUAUACCAUAAUUUUAUUAGAUCGAGCGUAUCUAGCUACAGACUGUUGUGCAAGGAAAAAUCUUCAAAAGAAGCAAGGGAAUGUAAGUUUCAAAACUGUGGGCUAUUCAACGAUAUCAUUGCAAUGGAAAUAGAAAAGAUUACGAGGGAUCAAAAGAAAAAAGAUGAAUUGAGUGUUCAAGAAAGAGAGUCCAAGAAACUAAAGGAUACUUAUUACAAGGGCGCUGCUCCUAUGACUGGUGUUAUUAACAAUCACAAUUCUAAUAACAACAACGGUCACAAGAUCACUCGGGCAUCUUCAGCUGCUGUUUCUCGGAUGAGCAUGUCACAAUUAAACCAUUCUGCAACAGUAAGCCCACCCAAUAGUGCAUUUUCCACUGGUGCUUCUACUGUCACAUCCAACGUUUCUGCCGGUAGUGGCAACACUAAUAAAAUAACGAAGAGAAAUUCCAUAAUUGUAUCAACAAGGAGCUCUUUAUCUGCGUCAUCUGGCACUUCCAGUAAUAACAACGGCGGAGGUUUAACAUCUUCUGGAUCAAGUUCUAAUUCGGAACAUGUAGGUAGAAAAAUUGGUGGGUUUUUUAGAAGACCGUUUUCAAUAUCUGGAUUUUCUUCAUCCAAUUCGACAACUAGUUUAAGUUCAUUCCUAGUUAGUAGCAAUGGAUCCAUUUCGCCACAAGCGUUGCCGCAUGUUGAGUUUAAUGAUUUGAAGGAAGCCAGACCACAAUUAACAAUUAAGACGUUUGAGAUCAAAACGUGCAUGGCAUUGCAUAGUUACAAACAUAAUCCACAUUUUAUUCAUGCUUUCCGAAUUGUUUUGCAUAACGGAAAUGAAUAUAAUUUACAGGCGAGCUCUGAAGGUGAAAUGAACGAUUGGAUUACUUGUAUUAAUGUUUCGAAAAGAUACUCAUUUUACUCGAAUAAAUUUAAAGGGAAAUUAAAUAAUAAGAUAUUUGGUGUGCCUAUUGAAGAUAUUUGUGAGAAGGAAAACGUGCUUAUUCCAACAAUAGUGGAAAGAUUACUGGAAGAUAUUGAGUUAAGGGGACUAGACGAGGUGGGUUUAUACAGAAUCCCAGGGAGCGUUGGUAGUAUUAAUGCCUUGAAACAAGCCUUUGAUACAUAUGGUGCCACGGGUAAUCAAUUUACUUUGGAAGAUGAUAGAUGGUUUGAAAUCAACACUAUUGCUGGUUGUUUCAAACUAUAUUUGAGAGAAUUACCUGAGAGUUUGUUUACUGAUGAAAAACUACCCAUUUUUAUUGAUUUAAUGAUGAGAUUGAAGAAUAAUGAAGAUAAAACAGAGUUUAUAGAGUUGUUGAAAUCAUUACCAUGUUAUAAUUACCAUUUAAUGAAAAGAUUAUUUCAACAUUUAAAUAAAGUGCAUAGUCAUUACGCCAAUAAUAAGAUGGAUGCUACUAAUUUAGCUAUUGUAUUUUCUAUGAGUUUUAUAGGUAAAGAUGAUUUGGCAGCGACAAUGGGCCCAAAAUUGGGUGCAUUACAAAUGAUUCUUCAACUACUCAUUAGAGAUCCUGAUAUAUAUUUCCAAUGA